AUGGAAGGAGAGCUGACCUCGGACGGUCUGGCUUUGAUGUCCUUAAGGCAGCCAAGAUGGAGGUUGGCUGAAAGGAGCUCGUUGCUGUUGGGUCUCCGCCGGCUGCAAAACACGCUGGUCUCUUUGCUGCACUGUGCAAAGCCUUCUACUAUCCCUUGCCUAGAUGCACUGGGGUGUUUUUUUUUGUUUUUUUUUUCAUUGCUUUUGUGCUUUUGGAAAAAUGCAUUUGCUCUCCUGCGUUACUCUGUGACGGAAGAAUCAGUAUCCGGGACUGUUGUCGGGAAUAUUAUAAAGGAUCUUGGUCUAGAUGUGAAAACACUUGAAGGUCGAGGUUUCAGAGUGAUCUCUGGAUUAAAAGAAGAGCUGUUGCAGGUAAAUCACAAGACUGGAGUCCUGUUUGUAAAUGAUAUCAUUGACAGAGAAGCGCUAUGCGAUAAAGACAAGGCUUGUUUUCUAAGCUUUAAGAUUGUUAUUGAAAAUCCUUUAGAAAUACAUCAAGCUGAAAUUGAAAUUAUAGAUAUAAAUGAUAACUCGCCCGCGUUUUAUGUUAAGAACAAAAGCCUGGAAAUUUCAGAGUCAGCUGCAGUGGGGUCGCGUUAUCCAUUAGAUGGCGCCUAUGAUCUCGAUUCUGGUGUGAAUUCGUUAAAAUCAUACGAGCUGAGUCAAAACGAUCAUUUUAUUCUUCAAGUGAAAGAUGUCAGUAAGAGGAAUAAAAUUCCAGUUUUAGUGUUACAAAAAGCGUUGGAUAGAGAAAUGGAAGCAAAAUAUGAUAUUUUGUUAACUGCCUUUGACGGGGGGAAUCCUCCUAAAUCGGGAAAUAUGAAUAUAACUAUAAUUGUUGGGGACAUUAACGACAAUGCGCCAGUUUUUGAUGAAGAAACCUACUCUGAAACUUUGGAGGAAAAUGUUCCUUUUGGAACCCUUAUUGUGAAGGUAACGGCUUCGGAUAUGGAUGAGGGCAGUAAUGGUGAGAUUGUUUUUUCGUUCGAAGAAUCUGUUCAAAAUAAAGUCAAUGAAUUAUUUCAGUUAGAUGUUUAUACCGGAGAAAUUAGAGUUAAGGGUGUGAUAGACUUUGAAGAUAAAGAAUUUUAUGAGUUUGGAGUAAAAGCGACCGACAGAGGGCAAAUACCAACGAGCAGCUUGUGCACGAUAUUCAUUAAGAUUAAAGAUAUGAACGACAACACACCUCACAUAGAUAUAACAUCAUUAACGAGUUCUGUUCCUGAAAAUGUAAAACCAGGUACAGUAGUCGGGUUAAUCAGCAUUACAGACCUUGAUUCUGGAGUGAAUUCCAAAAUAGCAUGCUCAUUAAAUAAUAACUUGCCUUUUGAGCUGAAACCAUCAUUUCAAGACAAUAUGUAUUCUUUAAUAACAAAGAUUCGACUUGAUCGGGAGUCUACAUCUCUGUACAACAUAACAAUAACCGCAAAAGACUUUGGUCAUCCUUCUCUCUCUUCUUAUAGAACUAUAUUUGUAAAAGUGUUAGAUGUGAAUGAUAAUCAUCCCAGAUUUUUACAAGAUUCGUUUGCAUUCUAUAUCAUGGAAAAUAACACACCUGGAGGGCUAAUAUUUGCAUUAAGUGCAAUUGACGAGGAUGAGAAUGAAAAUGCUGUCAUCACAUACUAUCUGCGAGAAACUGAAGCUGCCGAGAAACAAGUCGUGCCUUUUCUUAGCAUCAAUUCUGAAAAUGGACACGUGUUUAGUUUUAUUGCGUUUGACUUUGAAGAAGUGAAAAGCUUCAAAUGUAUUGUUAUAGCUAAAGAUUCUGGAGUUCCAUCGCUCAGCAGCAAUGUCACUGUGACUGUGUUUAUUUUGGAUCAAAAUGACAAUCCACCCGUGAUCGUUUUCCCAUUUACCAUAAAUGGAACUGCUGUUGUUCAAGAAACCAUUCCUAGAAAUGUGAAAACAGGUUAUUUAGUUACAAGAAUCAGAGCUUAUGAUACCGAUGUAGGUUAUAAUGCUUGGCUUUCUUAUUCUCUGGAGGAAGCUACUGACCAGUCCCUUUUCAGCGUUGGGCGCUAUAACGGAGAAAUCAGGACUCGCAGAGCUAUAGCUGAUUCUGAUAUCACCGUACAGAAGAUGAUCAUAUUGGUGAAAGACGGCGGGAGCGUUUCAUUUUCUGCAUCUGCGACAGUAAUCGUGACAGCAGCUGAAAACUUGGAAGCCCAUGCAUUGUCUGAAAUUAAAUCUAUCGACACAGGAGAAGACCAAGAAAAUAAGAUGACGUUUUAUUUAAUUAUUGUUUUGUGCUCUGUUUCAUCCCUGUUUAUCGUCAGUCUGAUUACUUUGAUUGCCUUUCAGUGUCACAGAGUACAUCGCAAUUUAUUACGUAAAAAAUAUUUAAGUGACACUAACUAUGUCGAAGUGAGCGGAUCGCUAUUUCACGAUCAACAGUACCAGACUGCAGAAAGACGACUAAUGUUUGUUGCACCAGGAAUGAACAGAGAGGGUGUGAUGGAUAUGGGAAGUAAUGCAGAUACUCUGGUUGUUUCCGACAAUGGAGUUCAGAUUUUACAAAAGCUGAACCCUGGAGUUCUUCAGGUGACAUUAUGUGGCCUAUUGAAAGCACUUGUGGGCUACAAGAAAGCCAGGGUGAUCAGCCCCUGGCAGCACCCUCUACCAUCACCCAGGGAACCAUACAGGGAUUUUUUUUCAGACUCCCAUGCAGCCCUGAGGGUAUCCAGACUGGUGGAUGAAUUGCUCCCCUGCUGGUUCCUGACAUCUUUGGGCAUUCCAAUUGGAAUGGGAAUCUUUAAGGCAGCCCAGCCAGGUAUUUCCCCCACUUAA